CACGGUUCAUUGUAUUGUCGGCCAUUUUCAACGCGCGUUCCCCAGUUAACCAAAUUCAUUUGUGAUUUGUUAUCCUCGUACAUAGUUAUUAGUUAUUUUUUGGUCGUUCGUCACGUUUUGCACCUAUUCCAUACCACGCAUUUAUUCACGUCGCGCUAGACAUCGUAAACUCCGUCGUGAACUUUUUCUUCACACAAUUUUGACACAGCCGACCUGCUGCCGCCGCACCGUCGUGUGUUUACUAAGCACUAAUCACGAACGCCGUAAAGUCAAAACACUUUCGUACCGACAAUUAUAUUUUAUUAUUAUUUUACCGUCUCGCCCUAGUGUUUUAAGUGCACCACCUUCUCCCGAACAUGUCUUCAACCGAAAUGAAUGACGGCGCCAACGGAGAUAUGUCUUCCGAGUCCAAACCUAACGAAUAUGUGUCGGCCCUGGUCAAGGAGAAGUACGCUCUGGACACUGCCACCCAUUUGAACACGAUGAAGCUCAUCGACGAAGAAAUUGCCAGAGCACAAAACACCAAUGGCAAACCAGAAUCUGCCUAUUUGGACAUUAAUAGUGAUAAACCUAUUCGGCUAACUGCCAAAAUUAUGGUUCCAGCUAAAGAAUUUCCAAGGUUCAACUUUGUUGGUAAACUAUUGGGACCUAAAGGAAACUCAUUAAAACGUCUCCAAGAAGAUACUAUGACCAAAAUGGCAAUAUUGGGCAAAGGAUCAAUGCGUAACAAAGAGAAAGAAGAUGAAAUGAGAAGUUCAUUAAACCCAAAGUUUGCGCAUCUUGCUGAUGAACUCCAUGUGCAAGUUACUGCUUAUGCACCUCCUGCUGAAGCUUAUGCUCGUCUUGCUUAUGCACUUGCUGAACUUAGGAAGUUUUUGAUACCUGACCAUAAUGAUCAAAUUGCACAAGAACAAGCACGUGAAAUGCAACAAUUUGGAGGUGCUCCACCUGUUCGUCACCCAGGACCAAUAAUUCAUGCACCUCCACCUCCACCUGCAGUAAUUCGCCAAAUGCCACCUCAGCCACCUCGUAUGCCAAGAGCUCCAGUUCCAGGAAAAGCCAAAGUAAUGAGCAUAUUGGAUAGAGCUCGAUCAGCAAUGGAGGGAUCAAAUGCUUAUCCUGGUAACGGUGGCUAUGGUGAUUCUGGUUCAUCUCAUUAUUCUCAUUUUGAUUCUGGGUAUGGAGGUGUAGCAACAUAUAAUGGAGGUGGCAAUGAUGAUUACUACUCAGGAAAUUCGUAUUCACAAGAUAAUUCUCAAAGUGGUGGUGGACGUGGUUGGAAAAACUACAAUACUGGCGGUAGUAGUGGACCAUCCAAACCGACUGGUAAUCAAGGUAGUCGGUAUGGAGGUCGCAACGCCCCAUAUACCAGACAAAAAUAAUCAGGAUAAUUUGGUUCCAUCACAAACAUACUCGUUGAUUCUAUCCUGUGACAAAGGUUGGACAACUUAGGAGUACAAUUUUUUUUAACUAUUUAUUUUAUUUGCUGUGAUUUAUUAUUUUAAUUUGUGGUUAUGUAAUCCUAUA